UUUAUCAUCGGUGGAAUGGACCGGUCCGCGGGUCUGCUGUACCUGUACUUCUUAGAGCGGUUCAGACAGAGCGUCGCAACCACCGCAUGGGCAACCACAAUAGCUUCCGCCAUCAGACUCAUGCUGGGUCCUCUGUGUAGUUUCCUCUGUAACAAAUUCUCCUGCAGACACGUGGUCAUCGUGGGUUCGCUCAUCCUCACCGUUACUCUUAUUAUGACGGCGUAUGCACCCAAUCUGUGGACAGUCUUCGUCACUUUUGGAUUCAUAGGAGGAUUUGGACGUAGUUUAGCAUAUGCACCGGCCGUUAUGAUUGUUGGAAUAUACUUCAACAAAAAGAGAGGCAUUGCCGUGGGUUUGGCAACGUCUGGGGUUGGAUUCGGGUCGUUCGCUGCCCCGGUAAUCGUAGAGAUGGCCUUCCACUUUUACGGUUACAGCGGAGGGUUCUAUAUAUUAGCCGGCUUUGCCAUCAACUUGUGUAUAGCUGGUAUGCUGUUAAGACCUCUUCAGAAGCAAAGAUUGCUGAUGGCUUUUGACAAAAGGAAAAAAGGUUGUAAAGAUUCUUGUCACGUGCAGGUUUUAUUAAAAGAAAAUGAUAACGAAGCACCAAUGGUUCAAGAAUACCUAUCAACCAAACUACAUGUAGCUGAAAAAGAAGAGCAGCUAUCUAAGAGUCAAGAAAAGUGCAAGUCUGCGAUGAAUAGCAAUCCAAAGAACAAAGAGAUCGAGAUAGAACAAAACUCCUGUUGUGGUAUAUUCAGAUCAAAAUCGAAACCAGAACACCCAAGAAAUAAAUAUCUAGAACUCUCUCUACUAAAAGAUUUCCGAUUUUUAUCAUUCUGUUUAGCCAUAAUGUUGUUCACACUUGCCUUUAAGUCUGCCUUCGUGUUCCUUCCUGCUUACGGUAAACAGCUUGGAAACACUGACAUGGAGUCUGCGUAUCUUGUCAUCAUCACCGGGGCUUUUGACGCCGUUGGUAGGGUGUUUUCUGGGGUAGUUCUUGAUCUGAAGAAAGUCAAAAGGUUCCGGGUGUAUAUCUACAACAUCAUCAUGUUUCUGGUGGGCGGGGUCUCCUUCGUUAUCCCUAUGACAGGUACGUACACCCAGCUCUGUGUAGUGUGUGGACUGUACGGGCUACUGAUUGGAAUCUACAUCUCCCAGAAGUCUGUCAUCCUAGUCGAUCUGUUGGGCGCGGAAAAACUCAUCAACUCUUUCGGACUCCUGAUAUGUUUCCAGGGCGUGGGGAUGCUUAUAGGUCCACCUUUCUCAGGUUUUCUGAAAGACAUCAACGGACAAUAUGAGAACGCCUUUUAUGUGGGAGGCAGUUCUAUGUUUUUGGGUGCUCUCAUUUUAUUGACUUCAAACAUUCGACAUUUAAUGUUAACUAGGAAAGGCCAGUGUAAUGAAAAAGAACAUUGAUUGUACAUGAUCAGAUAAAUGAAGUAUAUUAUUUGUAAUUUACUAUAUAUGACGGUUGUUUUGGUUGUUAAUUUUGAAUUUAGUGCAACAGUAUAUUUACGUUUAUUGGGGUGGGUGAGUGGAUUAUUUUUGAUAACGCUUUUUUUUUUGCAUGACCAUUUACUGCUAUGUUGAUCAAAAUACUGUUGUCCUAUUUUAGUAAUGAUAGAUUAUCGCCAUGACUGUAUUAUAGAAUAAUAAUCAAGAUCGUCUGAUAUCACGGUAUAUACUAGUACUGGACGUUUUUGACGUAUUUCUUCGUGUAGUUCAGGAGACUUUUAGUGCGCAUGACCAUUUACCAUUCUCUAUAGUAACCACAAAUUUAAAGUAACGACAGAUUAUCGCCAUGACUGUACUGAAGUAUUAACCAAGAUUGUUUGAUAUAGCAUGAAAUGCAUUUAGAUAUACAUGUGUAUUUGAGUAUUCAUGACACAAAUUUGUUUCUUUCAAGUGUUUUAUCGUAUGUACCUGAACCGUUUUAGUUUAGUAAUAACAAUAAAAUAAUGAAAGUUUU